UCGUCGGCGCAGGAGAGGACACUCUCGUUUCGGGAUCCGCCGAGGUAGCACGCGUUUUCACGAGACGGGAAGAAAGUGUUGGAUCGAGCGUUUCGCGUACGUAGCUGCGCGAGCGUACGCGUCGCGUCGAUACUCGUUUUUGUUCGUUUCGAAAGGUGGUGUUCACCGCGCACAGGGUACAGUGCCUACUCCGAACCGUCUGGUGUGCGCUGGUGUGCGCUGGGCACAGUGUGUGACAGAACGUCGCAGGAGGAUGCGGCGUUGCCGGAUGCCGUAGGCGCGAAUACGCGUACGAUCGUACGGUGCGGUGGGACUGCCGAGGAGAGAAGUGGAGGCGCGCGCGCGUUCUUGCCCCGACGGAAAGGGAGAGAGCGAACGAGCGGCGUCGAUCGAUCUCAACUCGCGCGACCGGAGGCGGAAGAUCGCGGGUUGUUGGUGCGGCUGCGGCCACUGCGAACAAUUCUCGUGGGCAUCGUCGCGAUCGUACGCCAGUGACAUUUGCUGCGCGGUGCUAUCGACGAAACGGGCUUGGCAACGUCGCAUCGACUGCCCUCGCACACGAACGUGCGCGUACACGUACCUAGAAGGGAACUUGGGGUGGCUGGCUGGUUGGCUGGCUGGCUGGCUGGCUGGCUAGCAGGCAGGCUAGCGGACAAGCAAGCGAGCAGGCAGGCAGGCAGGCAGGCAGACGGCUUUCUUGUUCCGAGGACGGCGCUCCUGGUCGCGCCGUCUCUCUUUUCUACCUCCAUUGCGCUUGCUCUUCCUGUCCCUCGACCCCUCGUCCUCGGUCAACUCAAUCGCGCUCUCGUUCUCUCCCUUUCUCUCACCCUUCCACUCUCUUAACCUCUAUCACUCUUUCUCUCGCGCUCGCACACCGCACGUACCGUUGAGAGCCUCUCCCUUCCCCUGCCGCGCUCUUUCUCUGCCUCUACCCCCUCUUCUCCUAACCUCGAGCGGAUCGGGCGAGUCCACUAGGCUCGCGAGGGGAGUUCGGCAGACCUCGGCUCUAGUCGGCCUCGAUCCGCAGAGUGCGUUGGACGCCGCGAGUCGAUCGCUCCGGUUUCCGAAUAUUCGUGACCCGAGGGCUUGGUGCAUACGUUGCGGGGCCGACGAGUGCCGUGACGCGUCACCUGCGCAUACCCGCGGUCCGCGGCAGUCCGUAUUGCGGCCAGUUUACGCGCUCAGUUCGGGACGCACUCGACCAGCGUAUAUCCGUGCGACGGCCAUGUUUGGUGUUUACGACGUGAGGGGGAAUCACUGACGUCACGCACGAACGGGCCGCCCGAUCUUGCCCGAACGGAACGGCGACCAGGGACGACGGCGAUCACGACCACGACGGCAGCGACAGCAGCACCAGCAACGAUUGAAAGCGUGCCGCGCCACGCCGGUAGCUACUAACACACGCGCAACCAGCGAUAGGCGACCACCACCGUCACCUCGCGUCGUCGGUAAAACUGACGAGGCGACCGCGAGCAACCGGUGCAUCGACGGUGCGUGCGGAGUAGCCAGUGCACGUACGCGACUCCGCACGCUGCGGACGUGGACUUGAGUUCUUUUUCCAAUGGGACGCGGCGCGUGCACGCCGAUUCUGCUCGCCGGUUCCGUCGCAGCUACUGGCCUUUCAAAAAACAUCGCGCGCACCGCCAUCUCUCACUUUACUUCAUCUCUGUCUCCGAUUCCGUCGUCCCAUCUAUGACAUAGCACUACUUUCGACGCUCCGCGCUUCAGCUUACGCUGUUGCAUCACCCGAUCGUUCGAUUUGUCGAUGUCGAAUGCCGUUUUGCCAGUCGGCAGAGGACGACGACGCGCGCUCCGUCACUGACAACGAACGUGCGAGUGAACUGAUCGAUCGUACGAAACCAUAAAUAGAAUCGCACGCGCCACGUGAUAAUCGCACGUGUUUUACCUCGACAUUCCGUGUUCAUCGCUCGGCGACCUCUUGGAGUCGAUGAUCGUCUACGUCUAAAUAAUACGUACGUGUCUCACGGUCGCAGUGGUCGAUCGUUGUGAACGUGUUCCCGUGAAUCGAUCUGCCGGAUCAGUGUGUCGAUGCAUAUGGUGUUUCGCGGGAUACUGCGCGUGAUUCCCAGCUACAGACUGGCAAGCAGUUUCCGCGCCCGACCGGACCACCAGGAUCAGGAUUAAUAAUCACACGCGACAAGAGCCAUGGAUCUGGGUGACAGAGUUUACGCCGCGGAGCGGAUCACAAAGAAGAGGGAAAAGCGGGGCAAGGUCGAGUACUUCGUCAAGUGGAAAGGAUGGAGCAAAAAAUACAACACAUGGGAGCCAGAGGAGAACAUCUUGGACGUCAGGUUAAUCGAAUUGUACGAGGAAAGUCAAAAAGGCGGAGACGUGUCUACUAGAAGACCAAGGCGAAGGGAUACCAGAUAUAGUGAACAGGUGCUGGCUAAUCUUGUUGUCGAAGAAGAGCCUGGUGGAGAUGAAAGGGUGGGUGAGGAUAGUCAGGAUGAAUCGACAACGGGCAGCACUUCGACGCCUCGUUUAAAUCCAGUAGCACCUGACGAGGACACGCUCCCGAGUUCGUUGGAUGGCCACGAGUCUCCGACGCCACCAGAAUUGGCUUCGGCAUUCAGCGUUGACUCUGACAGUUCCAAUAGCAGUGCGGACAGCCCCUUGCUGCCGGCAGGAACGAAAAGGAAGGUGGAGGUGCUUAGCAAAGAAUCCGGCAAGAUUGGCGUUACAAUUACUACCAGCAGUCCCAGUAGCGGUAGUGGCAGCCCGCCGCCGAGCAAAGUUCCUCGGUUAUUGCCUCUGAAAAACAAUCCCACUACCCCGGCUUAUCACAACAACAAAUUCAAUGGUAGAAGGCCGUCGUCUUCUAGCGUGAAAUCGACACCGGAAGAGCCUCUACCGGCAGUACCGACGACGCCGGCACCGGCGGUGCAAGACAAGAAGCGUCCCGAAGCCGAUGUACCUCAUGGACCACCACCUUCUCUUCCACGUGCACUACCAGCUCCCCUGUCUCCGCAAAUAGACACUCCUUUGGAACAACCUACGACAAAGAAGAGACACUUGUCAGAGCAGAAGCAGGAGAAAUCCAACAACGCAGUUGUUGCUGAGAAAGCGAACGGUCACAAAUCACCUAGUCCCACGGACUCUUACACCAACAACAACAGGUUACCCACCGUCGUAAAUGGGCAUCAUAGUCAUAACAACAACAACAACAACAACAACAACAACAACACUUCGAGCAUCAAGCAGACUGAAAUUGCCAAGUCGGAGAUCUACCCUCCGCUCACGAGUCCCGGCACAGAUUAUUGGCACGCGAGAAAUCCCGUGGCGGAUCAAGUGUUUAUCACGGACGUUACUGUUAAUCUCAAGACCGUUACCAUCAGGGAGUGCAAGACUGAAAAGGGUUUCUUCCGAGAGAGAGAUCCGAAAGAGACUCUUUGAACCACGAGGAUGGUGUCGGUUGGUAGUCGCGCAUCGCCAAUCGGAAAUAUGUGCUCCGGAUUGUAUUGAAUCAGUGUAAAUAUAAAUUAUUUUCACACGCUGGAUGUAAAGAAUGUGAUGAUCGUGGUACGAGGCGAGUUAAACUUUUCUAAUGAUUGCUGAGGACAACGUCACGGAUAUCGCAAAGAGGAGUAUCCCGAGGAUAACCGGAUCAAAUCGUGUCGAGAUCUGUACAAUCUUACGCUCUGUUUGGAAUCGUGAGAACCAUCGAGUGAACUCUGAAAUCAAGAUCGACUUGGUCUCAGUACGAGAAUUCGUGAAUUCCUUUGAAAAUUGAACGAAUUUACGAACAGCGUGUUUAUAGUGUGCAGAUCUGUGUAUAUCGAUUGUAAAAAAAAAACGAUGCUGAAUAUGACGAAUUCAUUAUCGAGUGCACGCGGCGUAUUCGCCAUUGUAUUAUGGUAUAAUUGUAUAUUUUAAAACGCUUGAUAGGUUUUAACUACGCUGAAGAUCUGGAAAAUGUGCUAGAGGAUAUCACAAUAUUUUCUAGUUGAUUUUAUUAUUUGCUCGUCUUAGAAUUUCGCUAAGGGAAUACACAAGUAAAAUCUUUAAUUUUCGUUUUUACUACGGGAUAUACAUACAUAUAUAUACAAGAUAUAUCUAGACAAAGUAUUUUUCUAAUUCGUUUUUAGAAUAUCGAAGCUUCAUGGAAGCAAUUUGGGGGGAGAUAUUCCGAGUUAUUUUGAGAGAAAAAAAAAGUGAGGAAAAGAUUUUAACAUUACGGUGUCGAGAAUCUAUCGAGAGAAACCUUUUUUGUUAUCUAACAGAAAAUAGAUCGUGAAAGGAAAGUAGAAAUUAAAUUUUCUUACAAAUAUGCGUAUAUGGAAGCAUAAGUGUUUUAACGGUAAUCUGGAUAAUUGUUGAAUAAUGAAAUUUCAAAAGGCUGCUUAGUGGGAAAAUACAAUCGUGCAUAGAUAUUUCGAUCAUUGUCACUAAUAAUCAUAGUCGCUGAUUUCUUCCGUUUCGGUUUUGUCAAUUCUUUUGUUGACUAACAUAAUUUUUAUACACAACUCUAUUCAAUUUACAAGUUUUCUUAUUUCGGAUAUCAUGAAGCAGUAGACCGCUUGGAAAAUUUUCAAGAAUUCUAAUUAAUUACUGACUGAAUGAAUAACUUAUAAAUUUUCAAUGAUUUUUCUACUAGUAUAAUCUAUUACAGUAUCUUAUUACACAUGAGGAUAGGAAUCGGUGAAAAUUGUAGAAUUUUCUGUCACUUAUAAUAUACAACAUCAGGGAAAUGCAGUGCGAUUGUGUGAUGAGAAACAACACAGUUUUUAUUGUGGAGCUUCAGAAGUUCCUACGUGGAUAAUAUUGAGUUGAACAUCUAAAUUAAAUAUAUAUUAAAUGUAUAGACUUUAAUAUAUAUUUAAUAUAUUUAUACAUAUUAAAUUCAUACAUAUAUACGUUGCUUAUUUAUUAUAACUGAUAUGAAGAUUUAAGAUUUCUACGUUUACAGUGUAGUUGUAAUUAGAUUGUACAUGUAUCUUAUUUGAAAAUGAGUACGACAUUCAGCAUGAUGUUAUUCCUCGUGUUGAUUCCGCAUCAAGUAUAGCGUCUUUCUCCGCUAAAUCUGUAUUCGGAGAAAUUUUAUAGAUGACUUUUAAAGGAAAUUUGCUUGGCAACGCAUCAUGACAGAGAAAUAGAAAAUAGGUCUGUGUUUUAAAACGGGGCCAUUUAUGUAAGAUUAGGUUGCAAUUAUCUAUGCGGAAGCAUGAAAUACACAAUUGAAUUGUUGCGACGUAUCACUGUAUAUUGUGAGUAUAUUUCUUGUAAAAAUUGUAAAUAAUUGGACGGACUAUACAUCUCGUCAUAACGGGUGGAAUACAUCGGAGAGGAAGGGAAAAAGAAAGCGGGAUAAUGGCUUGUAUGAUUCUGAAUUAUCAAUUGUAUAUAGAUGAAAAGCGGAAGAUCCCCCCACACCUCCUUUAGUUAUAAACGUAAAACUAUAAGUAUAUAAGUCUAUAGGAAGAAAUUCUUUUCUUAGCUUUAGAACUUCAAGAUAGACUGUGCGCGUACCUUUGUUUCUGUACUUAUAAAUAUUCGAAUUUACGAUAAACUUAUAUGAUAAACGUGAAACGAUAACGCAGUGACUACGCAGGCAUAUACGAUACGUGAACCCCGGUAGUACCAAAUUCAACAGUAAUUUUAGUUCUGUCUGGUACAGAUUCCUUAUAUUUCAAUAAAAUCUCGACUUAAAAUCA